GCGUGGCAGGCAGCUGCGCUCCUUCUUUCUCUCCCUGCCGGGGAUGCUCAGAAGGCCGUGCUGCAGCCUCAGGGAGGGGCUUCUCCUAGGCUGAUGGUCCUGGCUUAGACGGACUACCUGUGACAGCAGCACGAGGCAUGCUGGGAAAACCCAAAUACCUGGGCGUCCAAAAUGGCCGAAUGGGCCUGGCUGUGUCAGAUGGGGAGUUAAACAGCUCGAGGGCUCGGGGCAGUAAUAACAGUGUGGACAGUCUGUCAACCACCCAGAACACCUCUCCUUCGGGGCAAUCUGUAGCACGCUGGGCAGAGUCCUUUGAGACACUACUGCAGGACCGACUUGGUGUGGCCUACUUUACUGAGUUCCUGAAGAAGGAGUUUAGUGCUGAGAAUGUAUAUUUCUGGCAAGCCUGUGAACAGUUUCAGCAGAUCCCAGCUGGCAGCACCCAACAGCUGGCCCAGGAGGCUAGGAGGAUCUAUGAUGAGUUCCUGUCAAGACAUUCGGUCAGCCCAGUCAAUAUUGACAGACAGGCCUGGAUUGGUGAGGAGAUGCUGGCCACCCCCACCCCUGACAUGUUUCAGGUCCAACAACUCCAGAUCUUCAACCUGAUGAAGUUUGACAGCUACGCACGCUUCGUCAAGUCUCCACUGUAUCAGUCAUGUGCGAAGGCUGAAAGCCAAGGGCAGCCCUUGCCAGAGCUGAGGCCUCACUCUCGAAGCGGCAGUCCCCCAAGCGACCAUGGCAAGAAAACGAAACUAAAAGCAGGGAAAUCGCUGCCGCUAGGAAUGGAGGAAGGUGGCAACUUAGGCAGCAGGAGCCCUCGGAGAUCCUUUCGGAGAGGGGACCAGAGGGAGCGUCACUGGGGAGAGGAAAGAAAUGGCAGUGAAGGGCCGUCCCACUGGCGUAAGUCUCAAGGCUCUUUGAAUUCCUCGGCUAGCCUGGACCUGGGCUUCCUCUCAUCUUACGCCACCAACAGUUCCCAGACUGAGAACAACAGGCAGAGCCUGACUGGCUCAGAACCUGAUAGUCAGAACCAGCCUGUCAAGUACUGUUGUAUUUACCUUCCCGAUGGGACUGCCUCUCUGGCCCCUGUGCGCUCUGGACUCUCCAUCCAGGACAUGCUGGCUGGGAUUUGCCAGCGCCGGGGCCUCCACCUGCCCGAUGUCAAGAUCUAUCUUGUGGGGAAUGAAAAGAAGCCGCUGGCACUGAACCAGGAGAGCUUAGUCCUGGUGGAUCAGGAGGUGAAGCUGGAGACCAGGGUCAGCUUUGAGCUAGAAAUCAUACCCCUGAAUAAGACAGUGUGCAUUCUGGCGAAAUCUACUAAGCAGCUGCGGGAGGCUUUGCAGCCCAUUGUGGAGAAGUACGGCCUGGAUCUCACACGAGUCCUGCUUCGACGGCCUGGUGAGCUCCAAGCUCUUAAUAUGGAAGAGAAAGUUGCCACUGUGGCUUCUCAGAAGCUUGUGCUGGAGUCAGAUACAGAAGGGAAACCUCUUGGUGUGAGAAGUGCUGCAGUAAGCCCUUCUCGUGAGCUGAGUGAGGAUGACAGCUCUGUAGAGACAGAAUCUGAAUCUGAUUCAUUCAGUGAGGGGUCCUGUUCCUUCACUAAGCAUCCUAGGAGCAAACAGAAUAGACGCACGUAUGACUUGGAAGGGCUCGUGGAUCUGCUGAACCGUGCACAGAGCUGCAGAGUCAAUGACCAGCGUGGCCUCCUGUCCAAAGAGCAUCUAGAACUACCUGACUUCCUUCAGCUGCCUGAACAAGAUGGUGUCUCCAGCAAGACCAGCUCCUCAUCCAGCCCAGCCCCUGAGAAAAAGUCCACAUCUGAAGCCCCCAGUGCUGAGGCAGCCACCGCCUCUCAGUGUCAGGCCCAGAAGAAGCAGUUAGGAUAUCAGGCUUCCCUUUCAGAGGCGCCUACGGGAACUCCACCAUCAGCAGGUCCUGCUGGGAAACCUUCAGCCAUGUGACCUCCUCCAUGACUCCAUCCACCCGCCAUACUAGUCCCUUCCAAGAGGCCUAGUCAACCCCAUGUUCCUUGCAGUGAGGUCAGGUCCCUCCUGUUCAGUAUAUGUUGUGGUACCAUGUUCUGCCUCACAGGGACUCCUCCCCUCCCAUAGGAAUAUGGUCCGAGGCCUGGCUAUGGCCUGCAGCCACCUCUAGGGACCCCCAGCCUGUCUUCCAGGAAUAGAAACGUCUCCUCCUAAUGUUCUGGCUGACUCUCCUCCCUUGGAACUGCCCGUGCUGGCUGGGCAGGAAAAUGCCAGUCUUGCCCACUCGCUGUACCAGACCGUCGUACGGUGUUGCUCCGUGUUGUGAAACAGCUGCCCAUGGCUGCCCCAGCAGCAACUGCAUCUCUGUGGCAGGUGGUGAUGACGCCUGUAUAUAGUUUGUAAUUUUCAGUCUUUGUAAAAUGUAAGAUAACACUGUUGCUUAAGUUGUGCUGAGUCUCUGUGAGUUUGUGCACGGCAUCACAUGCCUUUCUGGGCAGUGCGGCAGCAAUGGGUUGUGAAUGCAGCCCUCAAGGCAGGCACACUCGGGUGCAGGAGUUGUGGAGACAGGACUGUUUUGGGGUCUGCGCUGCCCCUGAGAGGUUCCCACAUCCUUCACGUGAAACGACAUGGCUUAGAGCGAAGAGGACCCCCAACCCAAUUCCCAGGUGCCCUGGGUCGAGCAUUUGAUGUGCAAAUCCGACAAGCCCACACCAACUGUACCACAGAAUCUCCUUCGCUGGAGCUGUGUAUGUCUCUGCUUAGGAGCUGGGUCCCCCAUCCCUCUCCAAAAACGGUGGAGGUGUGCUCUGUGGGCAAGCAAUUGUGUGUGUGUGUGUGUGUGUGUUUGUGAGAGAGAGAGAGAGAGAGAGAGAGAUGAAUGGAAACUUGGGUUGGAAACACUCCAGUUGUAGGGUUGCCGCGCUCUCCCCACGCACAGAGAACACGCACAUCCCUAGGUCCCUGGAAAACCUCUGCAAGCCUUUGCUCAGCAAAUGUGUUCUGCUUGUGUGCAUUUGCUGGGGAGAUCAGCCAGCAAGCGGCGUGUGGGUGAGGUCGGGCGGGGCGGGGUCGCCGUCUCCCGAUGCGCCCCAUCCCCUCGCCCAGCUCAGUCCCCGAGGUACUUACCGAGCCGCCGCCUCGCAUGCUAAGCACGGCGGAGGAGGCAGCUGCUUCCCCAUUGGCUGCCCCUGACCGCAUGUGCCGGCCCCUCACCGUCUGAAUGAGAGUGGGGAGGGGAGCAGCCAGUGCAGGCGGAGAUCCCGGACGGGAAGAGCCACCGGCAGCCCCAGCGACAGCCAGAAACUUCUGUCUGGCCAGAGAAGGAUUUAAGAAUUGCCCACCAGGAAAGAGCCAUGGAGCUGAACUCAAAGGAGCAAUCCAGCUCCCCUCAGAAGCAGGGAGUGAAAGCUCGGUCCAAAUCCACAGAGGAGAUCCAGCCUGCCAAGAAGGCUUUCCACACUCCCCAGAAGUCCUUGCCCAGCCAGAUGGAUGGAGAUGAUUCCAAGGGUUCCUGUCCUGUCCCGGCACCCAGUACUAUUCAGCAGCAGCAGCAGACCUGAGGAACAGGAGCUGCUAGACUGCUGGUUGCAAGGAGUGGAGUCGUGACCAUUCCUUGUUCUGCUCCAUGGCUUGGCCCUGUUGCUCAGUCUCCAUGCCCUCGUGGAUGUCGCUGUGGUCCUGUCUGUCCAGCUGUUGCUGUCUGACUGUCUGUCCUCUCUGUGGAAUGAGAUCUGGGUAAAUAAAGUUAGUUGGAACGUC